AUCUCUGCAGUUAAGAUGAAGGGAAUAGUGACGUUGGGGAGCACGUGCUGCUCUGCAGUCCCGUGGAAAGGAGAGCAUAGGUUUAGGGAAGCCGUGAGGAGAGGACAGAGAGCGACAGCACAGCGCCACACCUACAGCAGCGGGCUGCGCGUAAACUCCCCGAGGAGCUUCUGACCGCCGUUUCUUUAAGCGUCGUGCGCGCGUGUGUGUGUUGACAUUUCAUCGGCUCCUUUCGUGACUUCUAUUUUACAAAAAAAAAAAAAAACACUUCCUCAAUGGCACCGGUGGAGCAGGGGGCGAGCGCGCGGAAUGAGCAAGGGAAGCGAGAAGAGAGAGAGAAAGCGAGUGAGAGCGAGCAGGAAGAGGAGGAGGAGGCGGUCGUCGCGGUGAAUGCCCGUCACACAAGGCCAGGGCUGGCGCCGCGGAACAACGUGGAAUACACCGGUCCGCUCCCCGCGGACCCCAUCCUAAUACGGCACCGCCACGUGGUCGCCUUGCCGCCGCAGGACUUCCAGGAGCUGCGGGACGGGCACGCCAAGAACCAUUUGCUGUUCGAGGACCCGCGGUUCCCCGCCAACGAUUCCUCCCUGUACCCCUCUGGCGAGUGUCCCCUCGCCUGCGAGUGGAAGCGGCCGUCUGACAUCUGCGAGAACCCCCAGUUCAUCGUGGGAGGGGCCAGCAGGACGGACAUCUGUCAGGGGGACCUGGGUGACUGCUGGCUCCUGGCGGCCAUCGCCUGCUUGACUCUGAAUGAAAAGCUGCUGUACAGAGUGGUGCCUCUGGAGCAGAGCUUCACAGAGAACUACGCUGGCAUCUUUCACUUCCAGUUCUGGCGCUAUGGCGACUGGGUCGACGUCGUCAUUGACGACCGCAUCCCUACGUUCAAUAACCAGCUGGUCUUCACCAAGUCAGCGGAGAGGAAUGAGUUCUGGAGCGCCCUCCUGGAGAAAGCCUAUGCCAAGCUUCAUGGCUCCUACGAGGCCCUGAAGGGCGGGAACACCACGGAGGCCAUGGAGGACUUCACUGGAGGGGUGACAGAAUUCUACGAAAUGAAGGAGGCCCCCAAGGAGCUCUACAAGAUCAUGAAGAAGGCCCUGGAGAGGGGGUCUCUCAUGGGCUGCUCCAUCGAUUCCCUGGUUCCUGCCCGGUUUGAGACCCGUACAGUGACAGGACUGGUCAAAGGCCACGCCUACUCUGUGACAGCAGUAGAGGAGUGUAAACAGUCUCAGAGUAAGGAGACCAAGGUGCGUCUGGUGCGGCUUCGGAACCCGUGGGGCCAGGUGGAGUGGAACGGCCCCUGGAGUGACAACUCCAAGGAGUGGGCGACCAUUUCCAAAUCCGAGAAGGAGAAGCUCCAGCAUCAGAAUGCUGAGGACGGGGAAUUCUGGAUGUCUUUUGAGGACUUCAAGAAGAACUACACUAAGAUUGAGAUCUGCAACCUGACUCCGGAUGCCCUGGACGAUGACAAAAUCCACAAGUGGACGGUGUCGGUGAACGAGGGUCGCUGGGUGCGUGGGUGUUCUGCCGGGGGCUGCAGGAACUACCCAGACACAUUCUGGACGAACCCUCAGUACCGCCUGCGUCUGCUGGAGGAGGACGACGACCCCGAGGACAGCGAGGUGGCCUGCAGCUUCGUGGUGGCCCUGAUGCAGAAGAACCGCAGGAAGGAACGCAAGAUGGGGGCCAACCUCUUCACCAUCGGGUUCUCCAUCUACGAGGUGCCAAAAGAGAUGCACGGUAACAAGCAGCACAUGCAGAAGGACUUCUUCCUGCUCAACUCCUCCAAGGCGCGCUGCAAGUCCUACAUCAACCUGCGGGAGGUGACCCAGCGCUUCCGCCUGAGCCCCGGGGAGUACGUGAUCAUCCCCUCCACCUACGAGCCCCACCAGGAGGGCGAGUUCAUCCUCAGGGUGUUCUCCGAAAAGCGCAACACCUCAGAGGAGAUAGAGAACAGGAUCGAGGCAGACCAUCCGGUGCCGGCCCCAGCCUCCGCGGGGGAGGAGAGCGAGGAGGACAAGAAGUUCCGGACCAUCUUCCAGCAGAUCGCCGGGGACGAAAUGGAGAUCAGUGCCAACGAGCUCAGGAACGUCCUCAACAAAGUGGUCUCCAAACACAAGGACCUGAACACAGAGGGCUUCAGCCUGGAGAGCUGCAGGAGCAUGAUUGCCCUCAUGGACACAGAUGGUACGGGCAGGCUGAACCUGCAGGAGUUCCGACACCUGUGGAACAAGAUCAAACAGUGGCAGGGGGUCUUCAAGCGCUACGACACGGAACAGAAGGGCAGCGUCAACAGCUACGAGAUGAGGAACGCGGUCAACGAUGCGGGCUUCCGUCUCAAUAACCAGCUCUAUGACAUCAUCACCAUGCGCUACGCCAACGAGAGCAUGAACAUCGACUUCGACAGCUUCAUCAGCUGCCUCGUGAGGCUGGAGGGCAUGUUCAGGGCAUUCCAGGCCUUUGAUCGGAAAGGAGAUGGCAUGAUCACGCUUACUGUCCUGGAGUGGCUCCAGCUGACCAUGUAUGCCUAGGCAGGCCCCGUGACUGCAGGUGAGCCUCGUUCUCCACCUGGACCACAACCGGACCACAACCACACCACAACCGGACCGCCACCAGCCUUGGCUUCACCUCGCGCCGUGCCAGCCCCGUCACACCCCCCCCACCCCCCCCAACCACCACCCGUCUUCUCUACACUCUAACCCAGGUCACGGUGUCGUCAGGGCCGGGUUCUUUCCACCGUGUUACGCUCAUCCGCCGUCUCUCUUUGUAACGAGCGCUCGACACUCUCAUUCUGUCUGCUUCAUCACUAACCCUCCCUCCUCCUCCUCCUCCUCCCCUCAAACCCUUCUCCGCAAAUCUCCACAUCAUCUUCUCAGGUAACUAAACCCAAAUAAACACACACACACAUCCUUCCUGUUAUUUUACAGCAUUGACUCCACCACCUCUGCACCCCCCCGUCCCCUCGCCCCCCCCCUCCCCCCCUCCUUUAUUCAUUAUUAAAAACUUGGGAGAGCUCCUCUCCCUCACAUCAGACCCAACCCAACCCUACUCCCCACCCGCCCACCAGCCCCUAAUGUACCCAAGACCCUCUCUCAUGGAUCACGGACCAAAGGCCUCUCUGCAGGUUCACCACAACCACCACAGUGCAGCUCUCCUGUCUCUUUGGCGCCCCCUGGUGGACCAACACGUGCAGGAACAGCGCUUGUUUUCAGUCCUGGUUCAAUCCCACCCCCAGUCAGUGGAAUCAUAUUGAGGGGGGCACUCCGGUCUGUUAUGAUGGAACGUGGGGACACAUAAUGGAUCUGCACCCCCCCCCCCCCUUCCCCCUCCCCCCCGCCCCAAACACUUAACAACAGCCAGGACACAUCCAGACUGCGGCAGGAGACCCCCGUACACCGCCCCCAGCUACACCCUAAGGGCGGUUAAACAAAUCACGAAUAUGAGUACGGGUUGCGCUGAUAAUUUUUGUGGUUUUACAUUAAAAGCUUUGGUCAAAUGAGUGUACUGCAUUUUUUACUCUUUUAAUCCAAUAAAUACUUAUGCAGCUAUUGUUUGCAGUUUCCCCGCCCCCCCCCCCCCCCCAACAAUCCAAGGAGUCCUCAAGCAUUCUUAUUUUAAACAACACAUGAUUUUAUUUUACAUUAAAUCUAUAUAUUGGCCAAAAUACUGGUGGAAACGGACUCAGUGGCAUUCAGUGUGGUUUCAAAUAAAGUGUUUGAAAGCAAUGAAAUCCUUCAGGCCAAUUUUAAGGUGUUUACAGCCAAUUCCCCCCCAGCACCUCUAACACCAUAUCAUUUCUUUUGAGAUAAAACUAUAUAGACAAACACAGCACAUAAAGAAAAAAGACAAAUUUCAACCAACUGAAAUGUUUCAAAGAUUUUUUUUUAUUUCCGUUUUUGCUCAUAAUAAUUUUCUUAGAAAAUGUCGGUAACAAAGAGCUUGGCACGCAGAACUGGGUGCCGACAGGUAGAACACAUACUUCUGUUAAAGGACCUCAGGGAAAGCAGGUAAGAGGACACCUGUAUGCUCCCCUAUGCCUAAACAACACGAGGAAAUGGUCGUGACCCUUAAAAAAAGAGGAUUUAAAGGGAAAGGAGUUUAAAGGUAAGGGACUCAGGUUGAAGGAUUUCGAGUCUGCCACAAUGUCACCACCAAGAACAGACUCUUAACCUCCCAAGUCACCGUGUAGAACCUUGAGCUGCCAACACAACUACAAUGACUGAUAGUAACUGGCUUUGAACUGGUGUUUAGAUUCAAGGACAUGACAAAAUAUGUUUUCUACAAAAUCCGUUAAUAAAGUUGGUUUUGCUGUUUGAAA